AUGUGCAACGGCCAAAUUGAACGUUUCAACUCUACCAUGGGCGCAAAAAUUGUCGCACUUUCCAAUGACCGUAAAACUGAUUGGGACGACCAAUUGCCGUUUGUUACAUUCAAUUACAAUACAACUGUCCAUUCAACAACAAAAACUAUCCCAUUUGCAUUAAUGUAUGGAAGAGCUCCAGUUCUGCCCUUUGACCACCAAGAUCCAUCGGUUUCGCUCUCACAAGAACCUGAGCACCUCAUUAAACUCAAAACAUAUUUAUCGUCAUUAACCGGUCAAGCGACAAAUAAUAUAAUCAAAAAUCAGAGUAAAUAUAAACAACGGUAUGAUUUAAAUCGUUCAAAUCCAUCGUAUAAAAUCGAUGAUCUCGUUCUCGUGAAGACACUCAACACGCGUCACAAGUUCGACAUACGACACGAAGGUCCAUUCAGAAUCAUCCAACAGCUUGCUUCAAAAACAUUUAUCGUCGAGCAUACGAAAAAAACCACACUACGUCGACAAGUAACAGUUGACGUAAUAAUUCGUCUUUUUGAACGAACGUUAUAA